GUAUUCGUCGUCAUCUCAUCAAUAGACAAUAUGUAUGGCAAUCAGUCAGCUCACCCUAUCUUUCUCCUCUCUUUCCAGUCGCCGUCUACUCGUCCUCCUCCAGCUCCAGGCUCCAGCUGCUCCGGCGCCGGCGAGGCAGCUCAGCAGAGAAAAGGAGCCCAAGCAGCAGCUGCACCUAGCUCCCCUGACCCGUCCACAACGAACCUCAAGAUGCCCUCUUUAGCUGCCUACCCGGGCAAGAUGGCCUGCUGCCUCCAGCUCCGCCUCCUUCGCCACCCGGGCCCUGCCCCACCGCCACCUCGUGUCCUCCUCCUCCUCUCGCCGCCGCGCCUCCACACCGUCGUCCGAGCCUCGUCUCCUGGUUCGCCGCCCGCCAACUCCUUCGCUGGCUGGUCCUCCGACGGCGCGGACGGCGACCAAUCUCCUUCUCCUCUAGGGUUCGGACCAGCAGGAGGGCUUCUAGGACCUGGGCUUGCUGCGUUUUUCCUCUUUGCGGGCCUUACCUUUGCUGCAGUCUCCAUCAGAAGCAGCGCCAACUACGCAGCUGGAAAAAUGCAAAACUUGUCUUCGGAUAGUGCCGCUACGGAAUCUUACUCUGAUUAUGACCCCCACAAAGAAAAUUCUAUGAGGGAAGAUGCCCAGGCUUCCUCACCAACUGAUUGCAACGACAGCUUCGAGACGGGAAAGGGUACAGAUGAGUUAAUGCCACCUCUAGAAUCAAACGACUUGCCGGGGGGACCAGCUGAGAGUAAAAUGGAGCUCCCUCUGCAAAACACUGAGCUCGAUACUAAUGUUAACCACAUUACCAGUGAUAAUGAAGCAUGCCAGGCUGACAAUCUCGUUGCUCCAGAUGGACCUUUGCCCAUCUCAGCUGAAUAUGCUCAGGAUGCUUGUGCACCACAUACCAAACUUGAUGGUGCAGGCUCCGAGGGAAUUCCUAAUCUAGAAGCAACAUCAGAUGCGAUGGUGCUAGAUUCAGAUUAUAUUGUGCCCAGCCGAGAGAUCUCUAGCAGUGAUGUUUUGGUGGCAUCUCACCCAGACGACAAAGGUAUCGAGCAGAAUCCAGAUAUUCAUAACAAAGAUGAAGCUUAUCCGUCCACAUUGCCUGAUGAUUAUAUAGAGCAUGUAAGUGCGGAUGGAAUGCACCCACCUGCCUUGAAUGAUUUACCUAUGGGGAGUAGCGAGCCAGGAGGCGGGGAGGAAAUUUUAGCAAAGGAUCUAUAUAAAAGGGAAAGUCAAUCAGAAAACCAAAACAAAUCAUUCAAGCCUACACCUCCUGACCAAUCUUUUUCUUCUGCUGGAAUUCCUGCUCCCUGUCUAGUAUCCACUGCUUCACAGGUGCCCGCUGGGCAGAUUUUGGUUCCAGCUUCUGUUGACCCAACCCAGGAAAAUGCAGUAGCUGCACUUCAAAUUCUAAAGGUGAUCGAACCCAGUGUUCGAGCUGGUGACCUGGGCACCCGACGUGAGUAUGCUCGAUGGUUGGUAGUGGCAAGCAAUUGCCUUUCAAGGAACACUUUCUCGAAAGUGUAUCCGGCAAUGUAUAUUGAUAAUGUCACUGAACUUGCAUUUGAUGAUGUGACACCUGAAGAUCCUGAUUUUCCUUUCAUACAAGGCUUAGCAGAAGCUGGAUUGAUUUCUAGCAAGCUUUCGAGAUCUGAUAUGAAUUUGCCAGAAGAUCUUCAGGAUGAUCAUAACUUGUUUUCCCCCGAGAGUCGUCUGUCACGUCAAGACCUUGUGAGUUGGAAAAUGGCCCUGGAUAAGAGGCAACUACCUGAAGUUGACAGAAAUUCUUUGUACAAAGCAUCUGGCUAUAUAGACAUUGAUAAGAUAAACACAGCUGCCUGGCCUGCUUUGGUCGCCGACUUGGCUGCUGGAGACCAGAGCAUUACAGCUCUUGCCUUUGGUUUUACAAGACUUUUCCAACCGGACAAACCUGUCACAAAAGGACAAGCUGCCCUAGCAAUUUCAACUGGUGAUUCCACUGAGGUGGUUCUGGAGGAGCUUGCUCAUAUUGAGGCAGAGAAAAUAGCCGAAGCAGCUGUAAAUGCACAUGGUGCAUUGGUUGCUCAGGUUGAGAAAGAUCUUAAUGCAAGUUUUGAAAGGGAUCUUAAAAAGGAAAGAGAAAAGGUAGAGACCCUUGAAAAACUAGCUGAAGAAGCAAGGAUGGAACUUGAUAGAUUGAGAGCAGAAAGAGAAGAAGAAAAGAACAUUCUUCUCAGGGGCAGAGCUGCUGUUGAAUCUGAAAUGGAAGUUCUAUCAAAGUUGAGGAGUGAAGUAGAGGAACAACUACACAGUGUACUGAGCAAGAAGGUGGAGAUCUCAUUUGAGAAGAGUAGGAUUGAGAAACUCCACAAGGAAAUAGAGAAUGAAAACUUGGCUGUUGUGCAACUUCAAUAUGAGCUUGAAGUGGAGAGGAAGGCAUUAUCUAUGGCCAGGGCUUGGGCGGAGGAGGAAGCGAAAAAGGCUCGUGAACACGCACGGGCCCUUGAGGAGGCUCGGAACCAAUGGGAGCGUCAAGGAAUCAAAGUUAUUGUUGAAGGAGGACUUGGGGACGAUGCUUCAGCUGGAGUCACAUGGGCUAAUGCUGGCAAAGAACAUCCAGUUGAUGAAGCUAUCAACAGGGCAGAAUCUUUGCUGGAGAAGCUGAAGUCAAUGUGUGCUAAGAUGAAAGUGCGGUCUUGUGAUGUGUUGGAAAGAGUGAUGCAGCAUGUGAGGUUCUUCAUUGCAAGCCUAAAGCAGCAAGCAGCAGAUGCAAGGCAUUGGUGUACUGAGUUUGGGACUGCUGCUGCUUCGAAGGCAAACAAGGUAUCAGCAGAAGUGCAGGACGGUGUAUGUGCAUUUGGUUCUAUCAUCGGUGAUAAGUCGAAGAGGGUAAUAGACGACUGCAAGGAGAGCCUGGAGAAGUUUUCGCACAGAUUCAAGAUGGACUAGAGGCCGUGUCAUCUCUGUAGAGCUGUGCAGCUAGACAAGAAUAGAUAUUCCCUUGAAUAGAUAUUCCCUUGGAAUAAAUCUGUUGGUUGUUGUAGAGUGUUCUAUAGUCAUAUACUCAUACUGGAAUGAACAGUAGCAAUUCCCGUCGAAUAAGUCAGCCGAUGCUUCGUGAUAAGCUUCCUAUUUUUGCUCUUAUUAUAAGUUAUAAA